AAAUCUUCCUAAUUUUCAUCUGGGCUAGCAGAAGGGAACUCGAAACUAACGAGCGUCUUUUUUACUCCUUUUUUUUUAAAGUUUUUUCCUAAGUUCGCUUCACAUUCAAUUCAGUAUGAAUUCGCAAGAGUUAACCGAUGAAAGCCGGAGAAAAGAAGAAACUGUUCAACAUAUGGGAAGAAAUUAUCCGCGUCGUGAUAAAAUUGCAGAAAUUAGCUCGGAAGUAAAAGAUUGGAACCCUUAUAGUCGAUUAAUGGCUUUGAAACGAAUGGGCAUUGUUGAAAACUACCAGAAAAUUCGAGACUUCACAGUUGCCAUCGUAGGUGUCGGUGGGGUUGGCAGUGUUGCAGCUGAAAUGCUAACAAGAUGUGGCAUUGGAAAGUUGUUGCUGUUUGAUUAUGACAAAGUUGAAAUGGCAAAUAUGAAUCGGCUGUUUUUUCAGCCUCACCAGUCAGGUCUUAGCAAAGUUCAUGCUGCUGCAUCUACAUUAGAAUUCAUAAAUCCUGAUGUUAGUUUUGAGACUUACAACUAUGACAUUACUCUCAUUGACAAUUACGACCAUUUUACAUCAAAAAUAAAGAGUGGCGGUUUGCACGGAGGCCAUGUUGAUCUGGUGUUGAGUUGCGUCGACAAUUUUGAAGCUAGAAUUACCAUCAAUGCAAUAUGCAAUCAGUUGAAUCAGAAGUGGUUUGAAUCGGGCGUCAGUGAGAAUGCUGUUUCAGGUCAUAUCCAGUUCAUUAUACCCGGCGAGACGUCCUGCUUUGCAUGUGCCCCUCCGCUGAUUGUGGCGACAAAUAUUGAUGAAAAAUCGUUGAAAAAAGAUGGAGUGUGCGCUGCUAGUCUGCCUACCACUAUGGGCAUUGUUGCUGGGUUCUUGGUUCAAAACGCUUUGAAACAUUUGUUAAAGUUUGGUGAGGUGUCCCAUUAUCUCGGAUAUAAUGCCUUGCAAGAUUUUUUUCCAACUAUGUCAAUGAAACCUAAUCCUCAAUGUACGGAUCGUCAUUGUUUGAUACGGCAAAAUGAAUAUCAGGCCUUUAUAAAAGAAAAUCCCACUGCCGAGUUUAAAAAAUUAGAAGAGGAUCCGGAUCCUGUGAAGCAUGAUAAUAAUGAAUGGGGAAUAGAGUUAAUACACGAGGAUUUGAAAAAUAAUGAUACAAAUGAUAGAUUGCUUCUUGCUGAAGGAAUCACGACAGCAUAUACAUUACCUGAUACGUAUAAUGAAUUGCCUGGUUCCACAUUAAAAGAAGAUGAAAUUUCCUUGGAAGACCUUAUGAAAGAUCUUAUCAACGUUUCUAACCAAUGAUUUUGUUUCUUUUUUAAGAACUAUAUGCUCAAGAAAUAUUGUAAAAAAA